AUGCCACCACCAGCUGCUGGACCGAAUCGUGACAGCACACUCUCAUCAUUCAACCCUGUUGUAGGACGCAAAAAAUCUACAAGAUGGGUGGUUAGAAAAGAAAGAGAAGAUGCUGACUAUGACGAAUAUGACUGGACUGAAUCCGAAGACGAUGAGCCGCCACCACUCCCUCAAAUGCCUAACGAUAUUCCUGAAUUUCCUAACAACAACAAUGGACCAUUGGACCGUCCUCCCCCAUUUUCUUCUGGUUUAAAUAAUAACUCGUCAACAAGCUUUUCCUCUGAGCCUUCUAUCACUCAGAGUCAAUCGAUAUCCUCUUCUAAGACAAACUUUCACGUUGCUACUCGUUUCCCAGAUACUCAAAACACUGUAGCUUCUCAGCUCUACGACAGACCUACAGAAGCCACGCCCCACUCUAACUCAUAUGACACCACCAAGCCAUCCAAUAGCCCCAAGCCUGAUUCAGCUACCAUCCCUAGUUUAGCCCUUUCAAGUUUAGCUAAAAACGUUCAACAUACUGUUUCUUCUUCUACAACCAACCAUAACGACUUUUCAGACGACGAGGAUGACGCUUUCCGCGAAAGUACAAAUAGUUUUUACAGUGCUGCUGAACAGCCUUCUACUGAAGAUUUGCGAGGAGCAUAUAAUAAUACCUUUACCAAAAAUCUUCAAUCUACACAAAAGCCAAUCGUUAACAGUAAAAACGCUUUGGGUGGUUUUGGAGCUAGCGCCGAUAGAAAUAAACUUGGAGGUUUAUCCUCAAGGCCUACCAGAAAACCACUGUCACGAGUUCCAAUAAAAACUUCUCAGCCUACCAUUUCUUUGUCUCCCAGCGUAUCUAAUGGCCAAACCUCUGAUACAUUGAAUCAGACUAUUUCUAACAAGCCUGGUUAUCUUUCAAGCACCAUUUCUCACGAAACAGAAUCAAAGUUUGAAAAUAAAUCUGAUACAAAUGAUUUUAAGCAAAACCUUAAUACCAAAGGCUCUUUUACCCAAGACUUAAAUGCUUCUGAUUUCAACUCUACUAUUAGAGCCUCCUCACUAAACAAACAACAAGACAUUCAAGGCUAUAACGACGAUAAAAAUGAAGCUGCUUCUGUAGAUGAUAUUGCAAAGUCUAUCACUGAGGAGUUUGCAUCACCUUCUUUUGCCCAAGGAAUUCUUCCUAAUUCAACAAACACAAAGACCAGCUCCCAGAACUUCAAGUCUUCUUCUACUACCAGUCUAGAUGUACCAGCUACUUCUAAGGACUUGAAUACAAUUAACAAUCUCAACAAAUCUAAUAUACAAUUGCCCUCAAUAGGCGUCACUCCACCUUCUCAAUCAAGUGAAGAAGAAUCUAGAACUCACCUGCAACCAGAGAUUAACACACCUUCCAAACCUACAAGCGAAAAUAAUGAAACCAACUCAUUUGGACUUGACCAUGAAGAUGCCAAGCCUCCGGCCGCAAAUUCUCACAAGCGUGACUUUUCGAUAUCAUCAUAUCUUGACGACUACUAUGAUGACAACAAGGAACUUAGUUCUCCUCCGGAAUCUUCUCAAACUAACAACUUAUCGAAAGUCACAACACUUUCUCAACCUCUUCCUAAAAGUUCAAUUAACACAACAACAUCCCGAAACUUUUCUUCUAGUACUGUUGAAUCAUCUACAACUAUUGAAACAUUGACAAAACCUGCAGAUGAUUCAGAUGACGGUUCUAUUCAAGAAAUUGGAUUUUCUACUAGAGACGAAGCAAAGGAAAAUUCUGAAAACGAUGAGAGUUUUUUGGAUAAUAUUGAAGAUUACUCUGGUGAAAUAAAAUCAGCAAGCCACAUAAAUACAUGGUCGGAUUAUUCUGCUAGAUCACCUCAGCUUUCUAAGGAGAAUCGUUUUAGUAAUAACUCAGUUUCUAGUACACCUACCAUUAACGAUAAGUCUCCAUCACCACCUCAAGUACAACCAAGCCAUGGGGUUUCUCCUAAGAUUUCUGCUACUACUUUUGAUGUUGAUAAAGAAAGAACUACCUCGUUUUCAGCGCCUUCAUUUGAUGAGGAUAAUGUACGCUCAUCCACUCCAGAACCUCAUGCCGAUAAUUUUAAUACGACGAACUCAAGUUCAUUUGAUUCACCAGGAUCCCCACUUCCAAUGCCUGCCAGCCGCUUCCAUAUUCCAGGUGGCCGUUUUUCUACUGCCUCCGAUUCGAUGCGUUCUUACGCUGGUAAUGAAACAGACGAUACGGCAUCUUUAUCAACAGGACGCAAAUCUCCUCAGAGUUUCUCAUAUUCUUUUAGAGAUUCCUAUGAUUUCCGCUCUGCUGGAUUAGUGCCAGGUCCUACCAGUUCUGAUGCUCAUUCUUCUCCGUCAAUGAGUAAUAGCAACAGUCAGAACAGCAACUUCACUCCCGAUCCUUCAGAAGGUGGUGCUCCAACUUUUGAUCAAAUUAAACAAGAAAUACCCGGACCCACGUCACCUAUUUCAAAAGUUGGGAGAUGGAGGCCAUUGGAUUUUUCUUCUGAACCCACCGAAGAUUCUAGCCCUUCAUCAACAAAUCCUACUUUUACUCCAAAAGUAGAAAAUAAAGAUUUGAAUUAUAAUAACGGGAGAUUUGCUUCAGUAUCAGUAUCAGAAUCAGAAUCUGAACCUUUUGUUCAAGGUUAUAGCAAAGAAGCUCCCCAAAGUUCACAGGAAACUAAUAACUCAUCAAAUUCAGGUGAGUUCAUUCGAAAUAAAUAUGAUAUACCAGAUCAAAGAGAAAAUGUUGGAACACGUUCAGUUCCAGCUCUAGUUACUGAAGAUUUGGAGCACGGCCAUGCCUCGGAUGACUCAAAUGAAACACCUGUAACGGCAGAACAGAAUGCAUUGGAAAGACAGAUUAUGAAGUCAUUCUCUGGCAGUUCUUCUCAAAACUUGCCCAGUGGUAGAGCACAAUCUCCUGAUAUUUCUCAACAGACACAAAACUACUCAUCUGAAACCCCAUCGGCAUCUAUACAUACCACUCAGCUUAGAACACCUACUUUGUCCUACGAUAAUGGAUUAACACCUCAGGCAAUUCAAUCACCUGUAAGUCCUACCGUACCUGACCCUGUUGUUGCAGAGCUAUACAGAGAUUCUUCUAAGCUUCUUUCUCGGCCAAUUAGUCAGCUUAUUACUACGGGAAUCCCUCAAACUCAACCUCUUAAUUCAUCAAACAGAUCAGUUUCUAAUAGUUCUAUUGUUGAAAAUCAGAAAGAGGGCGAUAAUGGUGCAUUAGCUCCUGCAUUUGAUUACAAUGACAAGAAGGAAACUGAGCUAUCCAUCGACAAUAUGUCAAAUAAUCAAGAACAAUCGACUACUUCUUAUUCAAUGCCGCCUGUUCCUAAGGUAGUGGUCAACGGUGAUAAUCCAAAGCUUGAUACAACUAAUGAUUCUCAUUCCCAUUCUCAUUCACGUUCGCCUUCACGUUCUACUUUAAGUUCUACUCUAGAAGAGGAUGAUCGUUCUUCAGUAAAAUCCUAUAAUAAGUCACCACAAGAACCUUCUACUCAUUCUAGAACAAACAGUUUUGCGGUUAAAUCAAUGAUUGUUGAUUCGUCUCCCACUAUCUCCCCUGUGCAAUCUCUUAGAACACCAGCUAAUCGUGUUAUAUCUGGCGAGCAGAUUGCGAAGAGACGGUCGAGCUCAUUAAUCAUCAAUGAUCCUUCCACUUUUUCUCCAAAACCUGUAGGUAGACAACAGUCACUAGCCUCUCUUCUCAACCGACCCCCUGUUUUAGACUUUCAAGGAAUUUUGACAAGACCUCGAUCUGUUGAUCGGAAAACUGCUUUUGAUCUAGCUCGUCAAGCUCAAGCUGAUUAUGAUUCGGGUCUUCAGACAUGGAUCCUACAAGUGUCUGCUUCUAAAGACAUGAAAACUAUUAGUAAAUCAUCAGCACCUAUUCCUCAAUCGCAAAAGAACAGUGGUGUUCUUGGAACAACAGGUUCGAUUGCUGCAAACAAGGUCAAGCAUUUUGCUGCUAAUUCAAUUCAACCUCGCAAACUGACAUCAGCAUUUUCGGAAGUUUCUAACAAAACACACGGGUUGGCUGAUAAGCUUCAUAUUUCGGGUAUUGGUGAAAAGUCAUCGAGUGCCUUUUCUAGAUUGAAGUUUGGAAUUAAAAAACCCAAGCCCUAG